CGCCGCCGCCACCGCCGCGGAGCCCUAAAGCCGUCCUCUGCAGGAGGAUGGUGCGUCUCGCGGCCGAGCUGCUGCUGCUGCUGGGGCUCCUCCUGCUCACCUUGCACAUCACGGUGCUGCGAAGCAGCGAUCCCGAAGCGCCGCCGGGCAACCACAGCCAGCGUCAGCAGGAAAUCCUCCACACAGAGAGUCUUUCAUCUCUUGAAAGCAGCUUCACGUUAGAUCCAGAAGAUCGGCAGAAUUAUCCUGGUCACCAGGCAGCACACCGGUCAUUGGCCAAACAGCGAUUCAGGCAGCAGAAUGGGCAUACAUCCUUGCAAAGAGAUGGACCCAGAUCUUUCCUUUUCGAUCUUCCAAAUUUUCCUGACUUCUCAAAAGCAGAUAUCAAUGGGCAAAACCCUAACAUCCAGGUGACUAUAGAGGUUGUUGAUGGAACAGAGUCUGAAUCAGAGAAAGGUCUUCAAAGGGAAAGCAGCAAAACCAGCUGGCCUGUCCUGUCCCCAAACUGGAGAAACUGGUGGCAAAGAUCCGCACCUUCCAUCACUCGCAUGAGUAGUGGUGACCAGGAUUACAAAUACGAUAGCACGACUGAAGACAGCAACUUCCUAAAUCCCUUGAAUGGCGGGUGGGAUAGGCAUCCAUCAAGUCAUCGGAUGUUUGAAUCAAAGGAGCAGCCCGAAUAUGAUUACAUAGAGGGUGAAGGAGACUGGAGUCUGUGGUCAGUUUGUAGUACAACCUGUGGAAGUGGCAAUCAGAAACGCACCAGGACCUGUGGAUAUGCCUGCACAGCCACUGAAUCAAGGACAUGUGACCGACCAAACUGCCCGGGUCUCGAGGACACAUUCAGAACAGCAGCCACAGAAGUGAGCUUACUUGCAGGAAGUGAAGAAUUCAAUGCCACAAAGCUCUUUGAAGUUGAUACGGAUAGCUGUGAAAGGUGGAUGAGUUGCAAAAGUGAAUUCUUAAAGAAGUACAUGCACAAAGUAGUCAAUGAUCUUCCCCCUUGUCCUUGCACAUACCCCACCGAAGUAGCUUAUAGCACCGCAGAGAUCUACGACCGUCUGAAAAGGAAGAACUUUCGCUGGAAAGAUGCAAGUGGGCCAAAAGAAAAACUGGAGAUCUAUAAACCCAGUGCCCGCUACUGCAUCCGGUCCAUGCUGUCCUUGCAGAGUACCACCUUGGCAGCCCAGCACUGCUGCUAUGACGACAGCAUGCAGCUGAUUACCCGAGGGAAAGGGGCUGGCACCCCCAACCUGAUCAGCAUCGAAUUCUCUGCAGAACUUCAUUACAAGGUGGAUGUUUUGCCUUGGAUCAUUUGCAAAGGGGACUGGAGUAGGUACAAUGAAGCUCGGCCACCUAACAAUGGUCAGAAAUGUACAGAAAAUCCUUCGGAGGAAGACUAUUACAAACAAUUUCAGGAAGCAAGAGAGUACUGAAGACGAGUGUGGAGGAGCAGAUUUCUUUGAAAACUUCAAAAAGAUGUGUGGUGGCAAACAGGACGCUCCAGUGAAUGAACCUUUGAAAAUGGGAUUUAUCUCCCCACUCACUGUACAUAGUUGUACAAAAUAUACAAUUUUUCUAAAGUAUUUUAUUUAUGUUUGCAUGUAGAUACGGCAUAUAGUCCCUCUCACCUUUGCACACAUGAAAGUAUCUCAACAAACCUUUAUACACAUUCUGCUUCCAUUAAGAUGAGUUUACACUCAUAUAUCCCCAUAGAGACUACAUUAGCUGUAGUUAAAAGUGAGUAUCAUUGGAUUUCACAUGAAAAGAAAAUUGCUUCUCAGUGCCUCAGCCAUUCAGAAUAAAUGUUUGCUAUUAGAAAGAUCUACAUAUAUUGAAAGUAGUAUUGAAAUGUGGUUUUUAGGAAUACAUUUUGAGGAUAACAUUUUGGCUCACUAAGAAAAUAGUGACCAGAUUCAUUGCAGAUAUGAUGAAAGUUAAGUUCAAAUCAAAUUGUUCCUUUGCUUUGCAUCAAAAGACUGAACCUUGUGGCUGACUUCCAGAGAAAUCCUGGGCUGGAGCAUCUUGACAUUGGAGGCUUUGACUAUUCCAAAAUACUCCUAGCAUCAGGAUGAGAUUAGCAGGACCAUAAUCUGAAAGGAGUAGUUGUUAUUGCUCCUGGUAUUAUUAUUGUAAUAGUUUAAUUUUUCUCAUGAUUGUAAAGAGGCAGGAUGAGGACCAAAAGCACUGUGGAUUCUCAGCCCCUACUAACCUGCUGCCACACACAUCCUUAUGACCCUUUUCCCGUGUGGUUUUCUGACAUCGGAAACAACAGAGAGAGGUUGAUAGAGUGGAUGGAAACAAGGAUCCGGUGUCAAACUACCCAAUCUGACAUUACAAUUCUGUCUCUGAGUCUGGAAGCAAAGAAAAAAACCCAAACCCUUCCCAUUCUGCUCAGUCCCCACUCUGCAAUCGUUCAAAUGAUUGCAGUUUCCCAUUAAUAAACCCCUACAGUUUACCUCUGAUAUGGGACUCCCUUAUUCUGCCAAAAGCAUAUGCGUGCCUUCCAGAUAGGAUUGCUAAGUCAAAGCUAAGGAGUAGCAGAAAUUUAAAAAAAAACCAUAAAUUAAAUGAUCUCUUUAGAGAUAGAUAUGAAUAAAGAAAUAAAACGUACAAAAAUAUAUUUAGACAUAUUUAAGGGAAGAAGAAAAGGGCAGAAGGCAUGGACAAUUAUUUGCGAAGCAGGCAGAUGCAUUCAUGAGCAAAGAUUUUAAGGAAGCCUCAGAGCUUCCCUAAACCAAAAUUGUGGUUCACAUCUAAAGGAUCUGGAAUAGCAAUACGCAGUAAAUCUGACUAGCCAACUGGGAAAGCAUCAAAUGUGUUUCGGCCUCCAAAAGAGGGUUUGUGUAUUUGAUGAAAAGAUGAUGUGUCAUUUUAUGGCUGAUAGGGCUUAUUUCCUCUAUCCUAACUGCUCAUAAAUAAGCAGUUUCUGUGUUCAUCCUCUGGGAUCUGUGUACAUCAGGGGUGAAAUCCAGCAGGUUCUGACAAGUUCUGGAGAACCGGUAGCAGAAAUUUUGAGUACUUCGGAGAACCGGCAAAUACUAACUGUGGCUGGCCCCAGAGUGGGGUGGGAAUGGAGAUUUUGCAAUAUCUUUCUCCCAGGAGAGGAGGGAAUGGAGAUUUUGCAGUAUCCUUCCCCUGCCACGCCCACCAAGCCACACCCACAGAACUGGUAGGGAAAAAAUUCAGAUUUCACCCCUGGUGUACAUGAUAUUCAUCCUCUCCAUUAAAGGUGCUUUAAAUUCCUCUUUGCUAGCAGUGUAGAGACAUGCUCUCUAUGCCACUGCAAUGUAAUCCAGAUACAGUAGAUACAAAUGUACCACUGGCAAUGGGAUUUAAAUGGCAUUCUGAUACACUCAUAGAUAUACAGUGUUAAGAAAAAUAAGGCCCCUUCCACUGCAGAGCUUGCCGUACACAUACUGCUUGGUGUUUAGAGAGAUCUAUUGCAGGGAACAAUUUGAAGCAGAAUCCUUGUGAGGCUUUAAUUGUAUGUAUAAGCACAUCUGAAAGGACAUCUUUUUGGAAGAGAAUUGAUUUUAAACAUCUUGCUCUCCCUCACUUUUCUAUUAUAUUGCAAAUGCAUGCAGUGUGUUAUCUUUUAUUUUUUUAAAAGAUUGAUCAGUUCUGGGUGGGGAUUGUCAAUUCUUUAAUUUAAACAUAUUACAUUUGUAGCAUACAUAUUUAUUCAUCUUUAGUUAGUAAGAAUUUGUAAAGUUAAAUUUGAAAGGUUAGAAACUUCCUGGUAACCCAAGAUCGUUCCAUAAGGAAAUUACAUAACAAUCCAAAGCAAACUUACAAAUGAAGCAAUUCUAAAACAUACACUAGUUUGUGUGUUCUCAUUAAGUGAGUGCUAAAAUGUUUCUUUUAAAAUGCUCCACUGAAGAAAGCCAGCAGAACUGGUGAGAACCAGCCCACUGACUAUGUCUCUUGAUAGAAUAACUUAAUAGCCAAGUUUUAUCUAUGCAAGAAUAGCUUCAUUCUUAAUGUUACUCUUUGUGUGUUUGUGUGUGUGUGUGUGUGUGUGUGUUUAAAGCAAACAGCUAAAGAAGGAAAAAUAAAGUAUUCUGUAACAUACUAUUAAUGCUGCCUAUUGUAACAAGACUCAUUAAGGACAAACAGAGGACAUUAUUUUAAUGUAUAUCUUUCACCUCAUUUAUUUGAACUCCAAGGGCAUUUAACCUGCCAAGACAGAAAUCCUUUGGCAGUCUGUAGCAAUGUGUUUUCAAAAUCAUUGCAGCUUUUUCCACACCAGUUCUGGAACAUUUUAAAAAGAAAACUAUUUCUCCAUCUGUGGUCCUUGGUGAUUAUAUUUCAAAAUAAUAUCAUAGUUACUGAUUUUGCUUGGAAAAAAUAUUUUAGCUUGCUAGGUUUUUUUUUUUGUUUUGUUUUUUAGUAUCUCAUUGACUAAUGUAACAGAAUAUAGUCUGCUUAACUCCAACAUGCAGGAUUAAAUUCACAUCCAAAACUCGGGGGGUUUUAGGUAACGAAGUGUGAGCCUGUGUAUAAAUGUAAUGUGAUCUUUUGCUACAUAAGUGCAUCAGAAAACCCAUAAUAUCAAGUAGUAUCCAAUUCAUGGAGAUUUACUGAGAUAAUAUCCUUCACUCCUCUCUCUGGAAACUGCAAUUAUAGUGAUGUGCCAUCAAGUCAGGUCCAGGCCCUGCCUGGCAAAUGUUUGACAAUUGCCUUUCAACUUGCUCUGUUCUGACUAAUACAGUAAUAUAGAGUUCUUCCAAAGGUAUUCUUGCAAUCUCAUCGAUUCUAUCCACCUUCCCUUAUGCAUUGUCUUCCUCUUUGACUUCUCUCAAACUUCCUAAUUUUUUUCUAGUCCCUCAACAAAAAUACGUGAACCCCUGCUUGCUAUUCACCUGGACAGCCAACAGUCAAGUAUUAACUUCAUCUUGGAUUUAGAGAUACUUUUAGGAAUUACCUUCAAAUCCACAAUUCAAAAGCAUCUUUCUUUGAACCCUUCUCAAAAUCCAGCUUCCAUAACUAUAUAUUAACACUAAAAAAAAUGCCAUUCUUUAUUUUGGUUGAUUUAAAAGUAUCGUGGUCUUUCAUGAUUUUGUUUAUGAUUGUCAUUGUAUUCCUCCCUUGGAUUAUCUCCUUUAUUUCUCCAGUAUAUUGUCUAACUUCAUUCUUGAGCACCAAAAAGAAAAAAAAGAGGAGAUAUAUCCACACACACCCCUCUGCUUUCCUGUCAAAUGUGAGUUUAUUCUAUAUGCUGGAUUUUGUUUUCAUAUUCGUCAUUAACUCAAAAUUUUAAUGUGCCAUUUUUAUGCUCAGAAUAAAUUCUUCUAUGUCUCUUUGUGUUUAA